AUGGCUCUCCAACCUGUGGAAUAUCAGGUAGAGGCUUCUCCGUUACUACAUGAUGAUAAAGGGAACUUCUGGGCGCCGCUCUACAGCCAUGAUUGUUCUUUCACUCCAGAGAUCUUCGGCAAGGUCAUGCGGAAUCUCAUCCUCAAUCCAAACUUGAAUUCGAGCUUCAUCGCCCGUGCAGAUAUCACGUUGGACGCACCAUACACAGAUGAUGGCGUGUAUGAACCCGUACCAAUGCUUCUCGAUGUUUCGGGAUUCACUCUCAAUACUGUCAUGGUCCGGAGUUUGAUCCCACGGAACCCGUUGGUUGACAAGCCUAUGGAUCAGACGUGCCUCAUAUACUCGCAGAAAGGUGAAAUAGAGACCAAGUCUCUUGUCAUCUAUCUCCCCCACUUCAAAUCUCCUUCCGAGUCUCCUUUCUAUCAUCCAGCUGUUCAUGGCAUAGCCUUUCUCCAUACGUUCAAUUCAGAGUCUCAGCAAGGACAAGUCUCUAUUCAUUACUCGUUCUUUGAUUCUGCACCCAAGACAGAGGCUGUCCAACGAACGGCUCUGCACUUGCUCAGGAUACUUCAUAAACACGGCAACGGGCUGCUGAACGGUUAUGUCAAGAAGGUACAUCACGACCUUGUUCUGCCCCAGGCAAAAACACAACAGACGUACGCAAAGCUCAAGACGACGUAUGCCAAAGACCUCAUCACAUCCUGGGCUGAGGUCACAGAUCCCGCAAAGCACGUCUUUGAAGAUCUGGGGAUAGCCGCGUUUUUAAUCCAGCUGUGGGCGGAAAUGUAUCCCAACGGCGACAACUGGCCGGGAUUUGUGGAUAUCGGCUGUGGCAACGGUCUUCUCACACAUAUUCUCAUCCAAGAAGGCUACACUGGCUGGGGUUUUGACGCAAGAAAGCGGAAAUCCUGGGAUACAUAUUCACCAAAGACACGAGAAAAUCUGAAAGAACUCGUGUUGAUACCGUCUGUAAUACAAAGUCAUGACGAAAACCCCGGCAACAAAACAGAUUUAACCAAUGAGCAAGACAACAUUCAAGGAACCCAUCCAGGGACCUUCCGAAAAGGAACUUUCAUAAUAUCAAACCAUGCGGAUGAACUAACGCCGUGGACCCCUAUCUUAGCCAACCUAUCCGAGUCGCCUUUCAUAGCAAUACCAUGCUGCAGCCACAACUUGACCGGUGCACGCUUCCGCGCGCCGCCGUCGAAGGAAGCUGGCAUCUCGAGUUCGGCGUACGCUUCAUUGGUCGCCUGGGUGUCGAAGCUAGCGAUAGAUUGCGGGUGGGAGCUUGAGAAGGAAAUGUUGCGAAUACCGAGUACAAGGAAAGAAUGCUUGCUGGGACGGAGGCGUGUAAUGCCAUUUUCAGAAAUUAAUGUAAAGGACGUGAUUGCUGCAUAUGGCGGUGCCUCGGGGUGGGAAGAGAACGCGUUAAAAUUAGUCAAGGUCGGGCCUAGGGGGCACUGA